AUGCGCCGCGCCAGCCGAGACUACACCAAGUACCUGCGCGGCUCCGAGGAGAUGGGCAGCGGCGGCUCCGGCGCCCCGCACGAGGGCCCCCUGCACGCCCCGCCGCCGCCGCCGCCCGCGUCGCCCGCGCCGCCCCAGCCGCCCGCCGCUUCCCGCUCCAUGUUCGUGGCGCUCCUGGGGCUGGGGUUGGGCCAGGUGGUCUGCAGCGUCGCCCUGUUCCUCUACUUCCGAGCGCAGAUGGAUCCGAACAGAAUAUCUGCAGACAGUACUCACUGCAUUUAUAGAAUUUUGAGACUUCAGGAAAAUGAAGAUUUGCAAGACGCAGCUCUGGAGAAUCAAGACACAAAAUUAAUGCCCGAUUCAUGUAGGAGAAUCAAACAGGCCUUUCAAGGAGCUGUGCAAAAGGAACUGCAACACAUUGUUGGAUCACAACACCUGAGAGCCGAGAAAGCUGUGAUGGAAGGUUCAUGGUUCGAUCUGGCAAAGAAAGGCAAGCCUGAAACUCAGCCUUUUGCACAUCUCACUAUUAAUGCCACCAACAUCCCAUCAGGUUCCCGUAAAGUGAGCCUGUCCUCUUGGUACCAUGACCGAGGCUGGGCCAAGAUCUCCAACAUGACUUUCAGCAAUGGAAAACUGAUCGUUAACCAAGAUGGCUUUUAUUACCUGUACGCCAACAUUUGCUUUCGCCAUCACGAAACUUCCGGAGACCUAGCUACGGAGUAUCUUCAGCUGAUGGUGUACGUCACAAAGACCAGCGUCAAAAUCCCAAGCUCUCACACCCUCAUGAAGGGAGGAAGCACCAAGUACUGGUCAGGGAAUUCUGAAUUCCAUUUUUAUUCCAUAAACGUUGGGGGAUUUUUUAAGCUGCGAUCAGGUGAGGAAAUAAGUGUGGAGGUGUCCAACCCUUCCCUUCUGGAUCCAGACCAAGAUGCAACGUACUUUGGGGCUUUUAAAGUUCGAGACAUAGAUUGA